AUGUCGAAACACCCAUCCCACUUCGUCCAGGAGCCGAAUAUCAACCCGCGACACAGCAAAUAGCUUGGGCCAAUUCGGAUAUGCACCCACUCUGAGUAAACGAAUCAGAGCUUCCCAUUUACGACAUCCUAUUGCUAUUCGUUCCGGCGCCUGAUUCGUACCCAAAUCACCACAGGACCUCCCUCACGAACAACGACAACUCGUACACUUCCCCGACGACGCCGACACAUUCACCUCCCCGUCAACUCGGCACUAUACGCACACGUCCACUAUGGCUGCUCCCGCGCCAGACCUAAUACCGCCUGUCGCCUCAGCCCCAGGCCGAGGCGGCGCAUCCCCAGCCUUCAACCUCAACUCCUCCGACUCCUCUGAUCUCGACGAUGACGCACCUCUGCCCUUCCCCGAGGCCCUCCCCCGAUCCGAUUUCCUCGGCCCCGAUUUCCAGCCCGCUCCGUACCUCUCGGCCCUCCCGCACCGCCAUCAAACCCUCGAGGACCUGCGCUCCGACCUUCGCGACCGCAGCGCCGCCAUCAGCUCCGAGCUCCUCGAGCUGGUCAACUCAAACUACACCGCCUUCCUCUCUCUCGGAAACGAGCUCCGCGGCGGCGAUGACAAGAUUGAGGAUGUCAAAGUUUCGCUCCUCGGCUUCAGGAGAGCCGUCGAAGAGGUCAAGACUCGGGUCUCGACUAGGAAAGAGGAGACGCAAACGCUCAGCGAGGAACUGCGGGGCGUGAGGUCUGCCAUUGAGCAAGGACGUAAGAUGAUCGAGGUGUCAGAAAGGCUGUCGUCGCUAGAAGAGCGGCUCACCCUGGGAAGCCUGCCUGCGCCAGACGCCCAGCGAGAAUGGGAUGACGAAAGCGACGACGACGACGAGGAAGGAGACGAUGAUCUACUCGGGAGCUCGCCCUCCAAGCUCCUGGCCUCUGCUCAAGAAUGCAGCCGCAUCGUGGCUCUGUCCGACACAAUCGGACAUGACACACCAUGGGGAGUCAAGACAGAGGAACGCCUGAACCGCUGUCGAAAUACCCUGUUACUGGACUUGAGCAAUGCCUUGAAAGAAGCUAAGAAGGCGGGGGCGCGGGGCCAGGACAGAGUUAUCAAGUACCUCGCUGUGUACCGAGUAUUGGGCGCGGAGGCAGAUGCUAUUAAGGCACUCCGCGGGGGUUAGGGACAAGCAAUGCAAGAUAGAAAUUGAGCUUCCAACAAAGAUACCCAAGUCAAAC